UCAGAGUGAGAGAUAGAGAGAGAGAGCAGAGUUUUGUUUGCUAAAUACGACGCGUGACCUGCUCCCUUCCAUCCCCUCAGCUCUCUCUUCUGCCCUUUCCCCUCCCUUCCCAGCCUCUGUCAGUUCUGCGGAGGCUGCGACUCCGAAGCCGAACCGUAAGGGAAGGAAGGAUGAGAUCUAGCAUGUUCGUCAGCGAGGACUCCCAUGGACUCCCGGCAGCCACCUUGAGCUGAGAACCCUUUUGCGGGAGGGUGUUUCUUUCUGUACAGAAUAGAACGUUGAACGGCUCUUGUUUUAGUUCUGUGAAGUUUGUUUGAGAGGGUCGACGAAAGUUUCGAGUUUUUGAGAGUAGAGCUGCUGUGGACAUGGAUGGGGAGAAGGAGAUGAAGGAUGGAAUGGAGGGUCUGGAGAAAGAGGAGCAGAACCCGGGGGAAGAUGCAGGGAAACCGGAGGCUGUGACGGAAGAUGGUGGUGGUGAGAGUCCGGUGAAACCACCUGCUUCAGUCAGCUGUGUCAGUGGUGAUGGCGAGAACGUGAAUGUUCCUAGCAAGGAUGAGGAGCAGGAACCCGUUGGUGUCAAUGGCCAUGGUGAUGCAAAUGCUGGUGAAACCGAAGGCGGCGGUAGAGUUGAUGGCGACGGAACUAAUGUGAACCCCGAGAAUCAGCAGGAAGAUGAGGCCACCAGCGAUGGAUCCCCGGAGAUGAGAGCUGAAGAAAACGAGACAGAAAAUGAAGAAAUCUCAGAAAAGGAUGAUCCUAAACCCGGGUUUAGUGCAGGAAAUGGAAUCGAACGGAACAGCGCGAGGGGGACGACUUUGUGGGAAACGCAGUAUGAAGAUGGUGAAGAGUCAGGUACAGAGGAGGAGCAGCAAGCAUUCAGGAGAGAGGUUGAGAACUUCUACAAGGAGAGGAAUUUCGAAUUUAAAGGCCCAAAAUUCUACAAAGAGGAUGUCAAUUUGCUCAAAUUGUACAGGGCUGUGAUCAAACUCGGUGGCUAUGAACAGGUUACUUCGUGCAAAUUGUGGAGACAAGUGGGAGCACCCUUCAGACCUCCAAAGACCUGCACUACAGUUUCAUGGACAUUUCGAAACUUCUAUGAGAAGUCUCUCAUUGAAUAUGAAAAGCAUAGAAUGCGAUCUGGGAAGCUCCCAUUCAGUGAAGAUUCCUAUGCAGAGCCUAAGGUUGACAAUCAGGUUGGUGUCAUCCAAUCAUCGGGGACAGGUCGGGCAAUGAGGGACGCAGCUGCUCGGGCUAUGCAUGUUUGGAACUCCCCACGCGUAGUUGAUGAUGAGGAUGGCAAGCCGAGUUUCUCUUCAAAAAGCGACAAGCACCAGAAGAGUAUUGGUCUUCCAAAGCGCAAAAAGCCAUCUCCAUCCAACUUUGAGCCUGCUGCCCAAGGGCCACGGAUGAAAUCAACAAAGCCACAAACCAACGCUGCAAUUAUCGAUGUUGGACCUCCAGCUGAUUGGGUGAAGAUUAAUGUGUUUAAAAUUAAUGAUUGCUAUGAGGUGUACGCCUUAGUUCCUGGUCUUCUACGGGAAGAGGUACAUGUGCAGUCUGAUCCAGCUGGGCGUCUAAUCAUAUCAGGCCAACCUCAGCAGUUAGAUAAUCCUUGGGGUGUCACACCCUUUAAGAAGGUUGUGAGCUUACCAUCACGAAUCGAUCCACACCAGACAUCUGCUGUUGUCACCUUGAAUGGCCAGUUGUUCGUGCGAGUCCCAUUUGAACAAACAGAUUCAUAGCUUGGAUGAGCCUGCUAUAACUAUUAGCUUUGUUUCUGUAUCGGUGAUUUGUUCUCUUCAACAGGUCGGGAUCAGUGAAUUUAUACUAUCUUCGCUUCAUGCCGUGAUCUGAUGGUGUGGGAAUCAAAAUGCUGCUGGUAGAUAAAUUAACAGUAGUAGUACCAAAGCUUCGGUAGGAAUUGAUGAUAGAACUGUUGAGUUUGCUCUCUAGAUCAGAUGUAUUGAGUUACAUAUCCCAGUUUUGAUUCUGAAGUUCGAUCAUGUUCCCUAAGAUUGUCUUUCCAAUAAUCUGUAAAGCGGAUCUUUGUGUAAACACAAAUUGGUCGGGAUUCAUGGUCAGGAGAGAAGUUAAUGUCAGUGGAUAUUUCAUCGUAUUGGUUGAUACGGA